GACUCUUGUCAAAGCAACUGACAGGCAGAGACACUUUGCAGAACAGGUUCAUUUUGACAUUGCUGCUGAUAUUCAUGCAGUCUCUGUAACUACCACGACGCAAUAUAUCUGAUUUGCAUCUGCUGAUAAUAAGACUGUUUUUUUUUUACAUAAACAAAAUGACUUUUAAAAAAGGGACAUGUUGGUCCUGGAAUUUCCAUUUUUGGCUUCUCUGUUUUUCCACCCUGUUUUCGAUAAGUACAUGUAAGACGAUGCGUUACAGGACUUACGAAGAGGAUGAUCCUGGAACAGUGAUAGGGACCUUGGCUGAAGACAUGCACCUAAGCCUGCCUGGAGAGGGAAGUUUCCGAUUAAUGAAACAGUUUAACAGCUCGCUCAUUCGAGUCAGGGAGAGUGAUGGGCAGCUGAGCAUUGGGGAGAGGAUAGACCGGGAGCAGAUCUGUAAGCAGUCCCUCCAUUGUACCCUGGCUCUGGACGUGGUCAGCUUCUCCAAGGAGCAAUUUAAACUGAUUCACGUGGAAGUGGAGGUGAGAGACAUCAAUGAUAACAGCCCUCACUUCCCUAGCCCUGAAAUCCUUGUGGAAGUGUCUGAGAGCGCUGCCGUGGGCACUAAGAUCCCCUUGGAAAUAGCUGUGGAUGAAGACGUGGGGUCCAAUUCAAUCCAGAGUUUCCAAAUUUCCGUGAACAGUCACUUUAGCAUCGAUGUGCAGACCAGAGCUGAUGGGGUUAAGUAUGCAGAUUUGGUGCUGAUGAAGGAGCUAGAUCGGGAAAGUCAGUCUGAAUAUACUCUGGAACUGGUGGCUAUGGAUGGCGGGACCCCAUCCCGCUCUGGCAGUGCAGUGGUUAAUGUUCGUGUGCUGGACUUUAAUGACAAUAGCCCGGUCUUUGAGAAAAGUGCUGUCACCGUGGACCUGAUGGAGGAUGCUCCUGUAGGCUACCUGCUGCUGGACCUGAAUGCAGCCGACCCUGACGAAGGGGCCAACGGGGAGAUAGUGUACGGGUUCAGCCCCCAGGUGGCUCAGGAGGUGCGCCAGCUCUUCAAAAUCGAUCCAAAAACCGGUCGCCUAACACUUGAAGGUCAGGUUGACUUUGAGACUAAGCAAACCUACGAGUUCGAUGUCCAAGCUCAGGACCUGGGUCCCAACCCUCUCAGCGCCACCUGUAAGGUGAUCGUGCAUGUGAUCGAUGUGAAUGACAAUGCUCCGGCCAUCAGCAUCACUCCCCUGACCUCCAUCAGCGCAGGGCUCGCCUACAUCACCGAGGCGGCAGCUAAGGACAGCUUCGUGGCUCUGAUCAGCACCACGGACAGGGACUCCGGGGCGAACGGCCAGGUGCACUGCACGCUGUACGGCCAUGAGCACUUCAAGCUGCAGCAAGCCUAUGAGGACAGCUACAUGAUCGUCACCACCUCGCCGCUAGACCGGGAGAGGAUCGCAGAGUACAACCUGACCGUGGUGGCCGAGGACCUCGGCUCCCCCCCUUAUAAGACCAUCAAGCAGUACACCAUCCGGGUGAGCGAUGAGAAUGACAAUGCCCCCGUCUUUGCCAAGCCGGUGUACGAGGUGUCCGUCCUAGAGAACAAUGCCCCCGGUGCCUAUAUCACCACGGUAGUCGCCAGAGACCCCGACCUGGGACAUAACGGGAAAGUCAUCUACAGACUGGCGGAGUCAGACGUUAUGGGCGCCCCGAUCUCCACUUAUGUGUCCUUAGACCCAGCCACUGGGGCCAUCUACGCCCUGAGGACCUUCAACUUUGAGAUCCUCCAGCAGCUGGACCUGCGGAUCCAGGCGAGUGACGGGGGCUCUCCGCAGCUCACCAGCAGCGCCAUCAUCAGGGUCAAGAUAGUAGAUCAGAACGAUAACGCCCCGGUCAUCACCAACCCCGUCCUGUCCAACGGCUCCGCAGAGGUGGUGCUCCCUGCCCGGGCCCCGCACGGCUUCCUGGUCACUCAGAUCAGGGCCAGGGACGCGGACGAGGGGGUGGGUGACGAGCUGUCCUUCAGCCUGGCAGAGGAGGGGCGGAAUCUAUUCACCAUCAACAGGGUGACCGGGGAGGUGUUCCUGAGCGCGGACGUGAGCGAUGAGCUGGGCCAGGUGUUCCGGACCGUGGUCACCGUGUCUGAUAACGGGAGGCCGCCUCUUACCGCCACCGCCACGGUCAGCUUCAUAAUCACCGCCGCCACCCCGCCGGCUCACCCCGAGGUCAUGCAGCCAAGUUCAUGGGAAGAGAAAGUUCCCCACUGGGACGUUCCCCUGAUCGUCAUCAUCGUCCUGGCCGGCAGCUGCACCCUGCUCCUAGCGGCCAUCAUCACUAUCGCCACCACCUGCAACCGGCGCCGACGGGAGAGCAAGGCGGCCACGGCAGAGAGAGACAUCUCCGAGCUGGAGAAGGGCGAGGAGGACGGCGAGGGGCUGAUAGACAGCCAGAAGGGCAACCUGUUCGACGCCUUCCCCAACAGCAGCACCCCCUUCACGGGGACGGAGGUAGCGGCCGCCCCGGAGGUGCCCGUCACGGAGGAGAACUACGGGACCUGUCUGUACGACACCCAGAAGAGGCUGAGGACCACCAACAACGAGAGUUACACCCCAGCUCCCGGGUACGGGAAGGAGACGGGACCCACAGUGACAGUGUGGAAGGGACACUCGUGUAACACCAUAUCCAUUCGCGAGGCUGAGAAGUUCAGCGGCAAGGACAGCGGCAAGGGGGACAGCGACUUCAAUGACAGCGACUCCGACAUCAGCGGGGACGCCCUGAGGAAGGACCUCAUCAACCACAUGCAGACCGGACUUUGGGCCUGUACUACUGAAUGCAAAAUACUAGGUCAUUCAGACCGUUGUUGGAGCCCUUCGUGUGGCAGACCACCCAAUGUCCAUCCAGCAGCCAUGCAUACAGGCCAGCUCUCUGUUUCCAGCUUUUGUAAGAGCACCUCUUUGCCAAGAGAUCCUUUGCAUAGAGACAACUAUUAUCAAUCAUCUUCAACUCAUGCACAUUUCCAAAAAACAGGGGGCCUGCAAAGUGUCUAUGAGAAGGUGCCUCCCAAAGACUAUGAAAGCAGGACAAUAACUUUAAUUUCACCACCAAGAUCUGGCCGACUUCCAGACCUUCAGGAAAUCACUAUGCCUCUUUAUAAGUCCCCUGGCACAAGCAGAUAUGUGCCCUCACAAGACACUACCUGUGAACAGGAUGAACUUUAGUCUGAAACAAAGUAACAUCUACAACCUGCUAUGAACUUUCACAAUCUGUGUAAAUGGAACUGCAUAACUCUAAGAGUUUUAAAUUAUUGACCAUAAUUAAAUUAUAAGGAUUCUUUAUUUCGGUACAAGAGGUCUUAUAGCACUACAUUUGCCAUAGUCCAGAUAAUGUCUAUGGGAUAAUUUAAUACAAAGUCUUCCAAUCACAUAAUUGUCAAUAAAUCCUAACUAUGUUAUGUUGACAUUUUGAGCAAAGGGUUUUGAAGGGAAAACAGAGCCAGGCUGCACAAAGUCAGUCUAGUCACAGGCCAGACCUUUUGGAGAUUGUCCAUUAAUCUCUGGUAUGGUUGUGGUUACCACUAUCUACAUCUGUUCAGAUACCUGACUGAGACCUGGAAUUGUGCAGCCACUUGUAAUCUCAAUGGCACCACCUCUAACUGAGCCAGUCUCCAGGAUGGAUUGUAGAACACGAUUACAGGUGAUUCUCUCAGUAGCAGAGAUAAUCUGUGAUGAAUCCUGUUUACUGGAUGAGUCUCUUGUUAUCAUAUUAGUAGAAUCCGGUAUGUAAAAAAAAAAUCUAGAUAGUUUGUGGAGCUAAUGUGACCAUUCACACAGUUUAUUUUUUUCUCCCUAGGUUUACACUUGUGAUAAUGGAGAUUAUGCAAUCUAAACAUCCCACUGUUUGUCAGUCUGCACUGAAUUUAAAAAAACAAAACCUUUUUAUUGUAUUCCGUAAGCAGUAGCACUUUCAAAAAAAAUACGGUGCAAAUAAGUUUGCCCUCUUUGGCAAUUUUUAGUAAUGAAUACAUUCCCUCUUUCAUUAAAAAAUAAACACCUACAAAAGUAACUCGGAAAACUCCAAACGUAUUAAUGUACAAGCAAAUUUCAAUGAAAGGAUGUAUGUUUAAUUAUAUUUUACAUUAUAUGGAAACUGUUUAUACUAUACUAUCCUUAUUUAAGUGUACUUGUACCUGGAUAAAUCGUGACCAAUGUGUGUGUAUAUUUGUUAUAUACAGUCACACAUACACUUACUCAAACAAUGGGAGGAAUCUAUCAAAAUUUUACUCUGGCAGUGUAGAGCAUAGUUCAACCAAAUACAACAUAUUCAAAUGCAUUUUUUAUAUUUAAAUACCAUUUUUCAUGGAAACCAAGAGUAACUUUUGCAUGGUAGCAAAAUGUUGAUAAUUUCCCCCCAAUGUGCCUUAAAUCAAAGAAAUGGUGGGAUUGUACUCCUGUCAGGUCAAUACCAUUUGAUAUUUUGCAAACAAAUAUUGUUCAACGUUCCUGUAAUUUUUAUGAAAUGUGCAGUAUUUAAUUUUUUUACUGUGUUUUUGCUCUGAUCUCACACAUGGCUUGCCAUUUGGUAGUGAUAAAACAUGAAUACUGUGUACUUGUAAUACGUUUGUAAAUAAUGGAAAAUUUGUUCUAUUUUUAUAUUAAAAAGCUAAAAAUUAUUGCCAAAGGAACUAUGUGUAUAAAUACAAUUCUAAACUUAAAGUCACUUGAAAUGUAUAUGUUGCAAUGUACAGUACAUGUUUCCAAUCAUUGAAAAGACUUGACUUGCAGAGUGUGACUUGUAGUUUAUGCACCAGUGAUCCAUAGAAAAUGUUGUUGCAUUUUUAUUACAGCAAAUUAUGUCACCAUCAAACACACUAAUAAAGUAUUUGUGACUUCUGUGAAGCACUUUACUUUA